AUGCACAAAUCAUCACCUAUCCAGGUAAAUCCUCCCGCACGGCAACGUCCCCCUGCUCCUGCACCCGGCACUCAACCUCGAACAAGGAGUCAAGCUCAACCCACAUGGCCUGUCGAGCCUUUGCUAGCCCUGGCCAUAGUAGCCCGCUGCAUGAACUUACCAAGUACUCCGUCCCUACUGCGCAUCACUCCACGGAUACUCGCCUUUGCUCUUCAGGCCUCGGGCUUCAGCAGUUUCUGCCACACUACCAACUGCGUCAGGAAAGGCCCGUCUGCUUUGCCGUACAAGGUUGGAAAGCCACAAUUCUCCCGCCUACGUCGCCCAACGCUGCUGUCGCCGCCUCAUCUCUUCCUAAUCUGGUCCAACUACCUUCACCAUCGACGCCUCCUCCGACUGGGGCCUCGCGCGGGUCCUACGGAAUUACCAGAGGCAGAAGGGGGCUUGCGGACGCUCAAAGCGUCGCCAGAUCGAGUACAAGGACCAUUCGGUAAUCCACAAGAGCCCACCACGCCUCUCCUUCAGCUCUUGUCUUUCGCUAGUGCCCGUCGAGGGGCCCUUCAAAUAGACUGGGAGACCCUGGCUUGGCUCUCGCUCUUCCACUGGUCAGACCGGCCUGCAGAGCAUCUCUGCUACCACCGUCUAAUUAUUCUCUCACCCGCGCUACUGCUUCAGCUUGCAAAAUCCUGGGUCCAACUCCGUCCAAGGCUCGCGAGACGUGCCCCCGUUUCCGUCCGAGGUUCAUAUUUAUUACAGAGCAACCUCGAAAGAAACUUCCUCGACGACUAUCCCAUACCUGUCCAUACACCGUACACCGUACACCGUACUCCGUCAUCCUCCCACAAACCGGUCCUCCAAAGGCUCCAAACCCAACCACCAGUCCACCACCAACCUACUCGAGACGGGGUACCUGGCGACCAUCUCAACCUCUAA